AUGUCCGCCUCCGUACCCGAAUGGCUUGAAAAGUACCCAGAUCCUAAAAAUGAACCAUCUCGCACAUCCAGAGAGGAGGUUUUCAAACUUCUCCAGGAUGGAGAGGAGACCUUGAUUCUUGAUUUGAGAAACGACAGAGAACCAGGCUACAUUACACGGUCUCUCCACGUGCCUGCCACAGAUAUUGGUGGCUAUGAAGAAAUCAAGGAGAAGGUCUUGUUGCCCGUUGCCCAGCAAUUCCCCAAAACGAGGCUCGUUGUGGUCCACUGUAACAGUUCUGGCAGAAGAGCCAGUAAGGUGGGCGGCUGGCUCGAGGAUUACUCGAGAGAGCACAAUACGCGUGUGAAGGUGACGAUUUUGCACGAGGGUAUCAAGGGCUGGCUUGCUGCUGGUGAACCUUAUGAUUCGAUUGUGACCAAGGUGUAG